UGAAUGAAAGAGACAUGAACAGGCUUGUUCAGGUGACACAAGACCAGUCAAUAACAUUAGCGCUGUAAAGGACAAAGACAGAGGAAUUGAAUUAAGAAAUGGGAGAAAAAUAAAUUACACAACAAAAUCCAAGAGAACCUAAAACAAAAGUAGACUGGAGAAAGAAUCGGACAGUGAAACAGUAGGUUUGGAUCUAUAAUGGAAGGGUUACUCAACAUGGCUCGCAUCCGGCGCUACUCCGAUGUGAUGACACUGCCGGACUCUUUCAUCCAACGCCAGCAGCUUGACGCCAGUAUGGCUGACACCUUCCUGGAGCAUCUCUGUCUCCUGGACAUCAACCAGGAGCCAAUCACAGCGCGCAACACCAGCAUAAUCUGCACCAUCGGUCCGGCAUCUCGAUCGAUCCCCAAACUUCAGGAGAUGGUCAAGGCUGGAAUGAAUAUCGCUCGUCUUAACUUCUCUCAUGGAUCACAUGAAUAUCACGGUGAAACCAUCAAGAACAUCAGAGAGGCGGUGGAGACGAUAACCUCUGACCCGUUGUACUAUCGACCGGUUGCCAUCGCUUUGGAUACGAAGGGCCCAGAGAUCCGCACCGGAUUAGUUAAAGGGAAAGUGGAAGAAGAGGUGGAGCUGGUGAAGGGCAACAAUGUGCGCGUGGUGACUGCAGAGAGUGACAAAGACAAGACAGAUGGAAAGAUAAUCUGGGUGGACUAUCCCAACCUGCCCAAAGUUCUCAAGAAGGAUGGAAAGAUCUACAUUGAUGAUGGCCUCAUUGGACUCCGAGUAUUAGAUAUAGGUUCGGACUGGGUGGACACGGUGGUGGAUUCAGGCGGGAUGCUCUGCAGUCGUAAAGGCGUAAACCUUCCCGGCUGUGACCUAAUCGGCAUGCAGUCGGUCAGCCCGCGGGACGAGGCUGACCUGAGGUUCGGCGUGGCUCAGGGUGUUGAUAUGGUGUUCGCCAGCUUCAUCCGUUCAGCCCAGGAUGUCAAGGAUGUGCGUCGCGCUCUGGGGGCGCAUGGUCAAGAUAUUAAAGUGAUCAGCAAGGUGGAAAGCCGGCAAGGAGUUCAAAAUUUUGAGGAAAUCCUGGCUGAGAGUGAUGGCGUGAUGGUUGCCAGAGGCGACCUUGGGAUCGAGAUCCCUGCGGAGAAAGUCUUCAUUGCCCAGAAGAUGAUGAUUGGGAGAUGCAACUCUGCUGGGAAGCCUGUCAUCUGUGCCACACAGAUGCUUGAGAGCAUGGUGACCCACCGACGGCCAACUAGAGCAGAGGGCAGUGACGUUGCCAAUGCCGUGCUGGAUGGAGCUGACUGUGUAAUGCUAUCUGGAGAAACUGCCAAGGGACUGUUUCCUGUGGAGUCAGUUGCAAUGAUGCAUUCGAUCUGUAGGGAGGCAGAGGCGGCCAUUUUCCACCAGCAGCUUUUUGAGGAGUUGCGCCGCCUUACUCCUCUCUCCUCUGACCCCACGGAGGUCACGGCGAUCGGAGCAGUGGAGUCUUCAUUCAAAUGCUGUGCCGGGGCGAUUAUAGUCCUCACGACCACUGGCAGGUCGGCUCAUCUCCUGUCCAGGUACCGCCCUCGCUGUCCGAUCAUUGCCGUCACCAGGAGCCCACAGGUCACCCGUCAGUCUCAGCUGUUACGAGGCGUGUUUCCUGCCCUCUUCCACCCUCUGCCCGCUCCUGUGUGGGCUGAUGAUGUGGACAACAGGGUCAACUUUGGCAUGGAAAUUGGGAAAGCAAGAGGGUUCUUCAAGUCCGGCGACAUGGUGAUUGUGAUGACAGGCUGGAUCCCAGGGUCUGGUCACACCAACAUUAUGAGGGCAGUGAAUGUCCCGUAACAACAUGAGCUCACUGGACUCUAAAUCUAACAGAGUUGCUGGAGGUUCAUUAAGAGAGCCUUUAAAAUCUUUUAAUGCACCAAAAAGCCAAAGAACCACCCCUAAAAUUGAAGCAAUGACCUCUGUCGAAAGCAGCAGAAACACUCUACUUAAAAUUUGAGGUUAUUAUGAGGAAACACUUGGUCUAAUAACCGCUCAUAUGAAUGUACCCAUGACUCCCUUCAAAUAAAACUUGACUUUAACGUUAA